AUGUCUCCAUUAAUAGAUGACAACUCCACCUUCAUGAGUACCUCUAUAACAAUUUUUGUAGCUGGAUUCAUAACAGGCAUGGGACCGUCUGGAGUUGUACAUCUUGGCAGUAGUUUUGCAGUUAGAUUCACAACAGGAGAAGAACCGUCAAGAGCUGCAUAUAGAGACGACCUUGUUGCUACGAAAGAGACAGUUAGAGUGGACCUUCAAAAGGAGGAGUUUCAGACUGAUUUUGAUAGAGUGAUGAGGGGAGAUUGA